AUGGGACGGGGACAGUAUGGGAUGGGGACAGUAUGGGAUUGGGACAGGAUGGGAUGGGACAUGCUGGGGACAGGAUGGGAUGGGGCAGGGACAGUAUGGGGUGGGGACAGUUUGGGACGGGGACAGUAUGGGAUGGGGACAGGAUGGGAUGGUGACAGGAUGGGAUUGGGACAUGAUGGAAUGGGACGGGGACAGUAUGGGAUGGGUACAGUAUGGGAUGGGGACAGUAUGGGAUGGGGACAGUAUGGGAUGGGGACAGGAUGGGAUGGUGACAGGACGGGGACAGGAUGGGAUUGGGACAUGAUGGGGACAGGAUGGGAUGGGACGGGGACAGUAUGGGAUGGGGACAGGGACAGUAUGGGAUGGGGACAGGAUUGGAUGGUGACAGGAUGGGAUUGGGACAUGAUGGGGACAGGAUGGAAUGGGACGGGGACAGUAUGGGAUGGGGAAAGUAUGGGAUUGGGACAGGAUGGGAUGGGGACAGGAUGGGAUGGGACAUGCUGGGGACAGGAUGGGAUGGGGCAGGGACAGUAUGGGGUGGGGACAGUUUGGGACGGGGACAGUAUGGGAUGGGGACAGGAUGGGAUGGUGACAGGAUGGGAUUGGGACAUGAUGGGGACAGGAUGGGAUGGUGACAGGACGGGCACAGGAUGGGAUUGGGACAUGAUGGGUACAGGAUGA